UUCAGCUGAAAUUUAGAGAAAGCUAAGAUAUGAAGGAAUGUUGUCUUAUUGGAUUGUGAUAUCAUUUCAUUUCAGAGUUGUUGAUGAUAUGGGAGGUUUAAAGUUGAAAAAGUCGUUUUCCGUCGAACACAAGUCUCGUCAUGUAAGAAGCUCGUUUUGUCCACUAAUGUCGUUCAGACAAGGAGCUUGUGUUGUGAGCGGCAGCGAAGACAUGGCGGUGUAUUUCUUCGAUGUUGAACGCGCUGAGAAGCCUUGCGUCAACAAACUUCUUGGCCACUCGGCACCAGUCCUCGACGUUUGCUGGAACUAUGAUGAGAGCUUACUGGCAUCUUGUGAUACUGAGGGAACUGUCAUCGUGUGGAAGCGAGAGCAGCGAGAAAAGCACGUUCCAUGAUAUGCUGAUGAAUAUAAAUUUUAGAUAAUGUUAAAAUUAUAAAUGAACAGUGUAUGUAAAAUAAUAUCAUAGUCAACAGCAGACAUUUAGAGUAAAAAGGUAUAAUCUUUUAAAGUAAUGUAGACUUGGAAUACUGCACAUACGGAAACUGUUUCCAAGUGCUUUUCACAACCCUUUAAAAGUGCUAAAACUACUAAAAGUAACUUAUACUGUGUUAUUUUAUUAUUUUACCCUGCACUCUCUAUCUUUUUAUGUAGUCGCUGAGAUAAGAUACGAAAUCUUCAAUUUUAUGCAUUUGUGCCUCGCAUCCACACAGUUUCACGUGCAUCACACGUGUUUGCAGACACUAGUUCGUUGGCGUUUCUUGGCACAACAGGCGGAAAUUAGUUUAACUCUGCGCUUUGCGGUUUGAAUAACAAAGUGCGCUUGUCUCAGGAUGGGAAGAGAAGUAUGACCCUAGAGCAUAUAGCUUCAUUGCUAGGUUCCGUCCAAAGGUUAUGGCCUUGAGUAUUAUAGGGCUGAUAAUGGGUCAUGAUUUUGCCUUGGGGUCUGAUAUUGGAAUAAUAAUUAUUUUAGGUAAAUCUCACUCGCAUGUUGACAUAACUGCCCUCUCUUUUCCGCGCGCUUUCAUCUUCAAACGAAAAUGAUGGCAAGAGAAGUAACCAAGAAGAAUUUUCAAUUCAUGCGAUAAUGUGCGCAAACUGCCAGGUGUGUUGUUUCGGUCAGGAUUUGGAGAGUCGAGUGAGCACCAGCACCAAAAAUUCCAAGAAAUCCACCUAUUUAAACGUUUUCGAUCAUAAUCGUGCGAGGUUGUGCAAGGACCAACCUCAUUCCACUAUUUGCCAAUGUAAAACUCCGUAUAAUUAAUUAACUUAAUGAAUUAUCAGUAAGUUUGAGAAGUUGGUACAAUUUUGCCUCACAUGUUAUACCGUACAAUUAUAAGCCCCCUCCUGAAAACGUUUAAAAGCAGUUUAAAAUAACAUUAUCCAAAUGUAAGUCUGCCACAUUGUAGAUUUGGAAGCCAUUUCUCCAUGGGCGGAAAAUGUACACGAGCACAGCGGAGGUGUUUUUUCGUAACCAAUGAUUAAUAGUUACGAAACGAAUAGCUCUUAAAAUUUCACUUUUCACUUUUUUUCUUUAAUCUCAUAUACACUGUAUACAUAAUCAUUGUCUUCGUUAACCUGCUGUACAAUAUCUGUAUUUUGGAGACUUUUUUUUUUGUUAUGCUAGCGGAAAGUAAGAGAAACUAGUAAACACCAACCUGCAUCAUGCACAAGUCACCCUGAGCGGUCUAUAGUCACAUUGUCUUCAUUAAUUUGGUUUCACUCCGGGGUAAUGUAUACCAGUAGGUUCAUCCGUUUGUUUAAAAACACUGAAAAUCUCAUCAAGAUUUUUGUUUUGACUUUCUGACGACCCGUUGUCUGUAGGAAAUAUCACUGAAAACAAUGCUGGCAAAAACUUGAUUAACUUUGGCCUGAAUUUCCGCCGUCGUUUCCCAUGUGGUCGUUCUUAGGAAAAAGUGAUCAUAAUAAUGCUUAAAUUCUAGGCUCAUUUAACUUCGACGUUGACUGUUGCCUUUAAAAAAGCAUUAUUAAUAGAGGGCAGUGGUUAUGAAGCCUGACAAACAUGAAAGGAGCAAACAUCGAAGAAAUACGUCACUUCAAAAUCCAAGACCGUGCACUAUCUCUUGUUGUUUUUCGCUCAUGAAUAAUGUCAGCUCCUCAGACAGUAAACAACAGAUGUGUUUUGUGCACGGUCAUAACCAUUUCCCUAUAUUAACUACGAGAAAGGGCUCAGAGCUUUUAAGCGCCGCUUAAUUUUUUAAUCAUAAACGUUUCUUUCAUAUCGUCACCCAAUGAAAACUUAUCUACAUGUAUGAAUUAGAAAGUAAUCUGAAAAACUGAAUGUAAGUGGGGGAGUCAUUAAAGUUGCAGGUAACUGCGAUUACA